AUGGCGUUUUCAACAGUUACAGAGAUGUCAGGAAGUGUGGACAGAGGGGAUGGCAGGAUAACCAUAAGCUCAGUCUUUGAGAUGGACCUGAGUAGUUCAGGUGCUCCACCUCGUAACUGGCGUGGGAUUGGCCUGGCAAUGGUGGUGAUCUCUGUAGUGCUUUCGCUUGUGUUAUUAUCCAUCUUUCUUCUAUCUCCAGAGAAUGAAAAGCUACCUGAGAAGUCUAGUUUGACAUUGUCUGAUCUGGAGAGUAUGGAAUACCAAGUCUACAUACCUCAUCUCUAUUGGACAAGUCAUUCCGAGAUAAUCAUGGAAUGCAGAGAAAGGAAUCUGAUUAAGCUCAAUGUGGAGACAAAGAAGUCAAGUACCUUGCUGAGUAACAUCACAUUGAUGUCUCUAAAAGCCUCUAGUGCAGAGGUCUCCUCAGAUCUUCAGAAUGUGCUUAUGCUUCUAGACAUGCAGCAGGUAAGUGUUUUCUGCCAAAACUACUGUUUCAAUAUAUUGGCUACCAUAUAA